UUUGGCAAUGGCGGUUCAACUUUCAAUAUUCGGCUUGACUAUUUGUCUUUUGUUUAAUGGUCUCAUAGAGGGCAGAACGAUUGACAAGUACGAACAUAGAAUUCCUUGGAAACUGGAGGAGCUGCAUGUUGGACUACGUAGCGUUGAGGACUUUUGGCUGCCGGACAAUAAGUAUUUGUACUCUGUAAAUAAUACUAUAAAAGUCUAUGAUGCAUCAACUGGGAAAAUUAUAGAAGACUUGAGCAAUAAUAAUAAUACUAUAAAAGUCUAUGAUGCAUCAACUGGGAAAAUUAUAGAAGACUUGAGCAAAGAACAAUUGAUUAAUUUAAGUCUUCGAAUCGGCGCACACAAACAGUAUUAUGAAGGCAAUGCUCAUUGGAUGGGGUCUACGAAAGAGUGUGAUAUGAAACAGUACAGUUGGUUACCUGUAAAAAAUCUAUGGCUUUAUACCAAAGAUAAUGACAUUUAUUUGAAAUAUGCGAACGGAUUGCCUGUUAAAAUUACUAGGCCUGACACAUUCAAAAAAGGGGACAAAAUCGUGUCGCUGCAGCCGUCGAAAAGUGACACCAAGCUGGCCGUUUAUACUGCGAACAUCAGCAAAGUAAAAACACACAAAUGGUACGAAUACGGCCGUUUGGAUAAACCCAACGACCAGUACGCUGAGGAAAAAAGUAUACCAUAUACAAAAGUUGGUGGCGCUAUGCCUUCUUUUGGUUUGUACAUUCUGGACUUGGAAUCGCCUCAUCUAGAUGCCAUAUCGUUGAAGCCUCCUGUUGAUGUUGUAGGUGCAGAUUUCUAUCUUAGAAAUCCCACCUGGCUUAAUGAGACACACUUGCUGGUCGUGUAUGAAAAUCGUCGACAAAAUGUGGCUACGAUGCAGCUAUGCAGCACCAAGGGGCAGUGCCGCGAGCUAAGACGCUUUGAAGAGCCUAGUGGUUGGAUUACAGCUCUUGGAUUUAAUCCGCUUCUUCAACCUAUUUGUACGAGUAAUGGAAAGACUUGCUUUUUUGUAUACUGGUCAGGCAACUGGGAACAGAUUUGGCGCCUGGAUAUAGAAACGGGGCAACAAAUCGCAUACAACAUGGGGAACUUCAGUGUGCUGAGCAUUUAUGGCUAUGAUGAGGCGAACGAUAAAAUCUACUAUCUGGCUACUUUACCAAAUGAUCCAGCAGCGAAUCAUAUAUUUAGCAACGAAUAUUGUCUGAGCUGCAACGUGCAGGAUAAGGAUCCUCAUUUGGAUUGUCAAUAUGCCAGAGCGCUCUUUAGCAAGGACUUCACAUAUUAUGCGCUAACAUGCCAGGGUCCCAAUGUGCCUUUUGUAAAAAUUGUUCGUACCGAGGAUAAUACGGUGGUGUACGAUGUGGAGCUGAACAAGGAACAUCGAAAUCAAAUGGCCAAACACUUGCAGCCCAUUAUUAAAUAUAACAGUGUUAUCCUGGCCGAUGGCAGCAGUGGUUUUGCGAAAAUACUGCUGCCCCCCAACUUCGACGAAUCUAAAAAAUACCCGCUUCUUUUUGAAGUUUAUGGCGGCCCUACGACUGUGUUAGUUACGAAGAAGCAUGACAUUGAUUUCGGCCACUAUCUGACCACCAACUAUGAUGUGAUUUAUGUCAGCAUCGAUGGUCGUGGUACUGAAAACAAGGGUAAGGCCUUUCACUUCUCUGUCAACAAUCAUUUGGGGGACUACGAGGUAGAGGAUCAGUUGUUUGCCGCCAGAUGGUUACAAAAUUCUAGCUUUAUCGAUAAUAAUCGCACGGGUAUUUGGGGUCACAGUUAUGGUGGCUAUAUGGUCACCAAAGUUAUUGAAGCCGAUAAUGACCUUGUUUUUAAAUGUGGUGCGGCAGGAGCUCCAGUAAUCAACUGGGCACUUUAUGAUAACGUCUACACAGAACAGUACAUGGGUAUUCCAUCAACGGCUGAACGAGAGGAGGCCUACAAAAAGAGUAGUGCCCUGAAUAAUCUUGAAAAUAUAGGCACCCAUGAUUUCCUCUUGAUGCAUGGCAGUGCCGAUGAUAACGUACAUUUGGAGCACUCAUAUGUGUUGGCCAAGAAGCUGCAGGACAUGAAUAUUCCCUUUGAAGAAAUGAUCUAUGUAGAUCAGAAUCACGGUCUGUCUAAUCAUAAGUAUAUAAUGAUGGAGCGGUUCUUUAAAAACUGUUUAAAUUUGGAGUCAAAUGGACUUUAAAAAAGUUAAUUUUUUAAAAAAUGCACACAGAUAGUUAGAUUCUUAAAAACCAAUCCAAGAUACAAAAACUGUUAAUCAAGUCCACAUCUGGUCUUCUCUAAGCCAAGAAAAAGCAAUUUAAAUAAAAUUUUAUUGUUACCCAACAAUCGAAACGAUUAUACUUAACCUAA